UUAUCUAAUACCUUUAAGGUCGCCAAUCUAUAUAUACUGCAACGUGGUGCGAAAGGAGAGAUGUUCUUUUUAUCUAUAUUUCUGUGCACCUUAGUGCAGUAUGAAACAGCUUUCAGUGCGCCAUGUAACGUGAGUAUCAUUUCACGUGAUGAAUGGGGAGCACGGGCGCCCAAUGAUCAUGACCACAUGAACACUCCCGUAACCGUAGCUUUGAUCCACCAUACAGACCGUGACCAUUGUACCAGCAAGGCGGCCUGUAUCGCAGAAUUAAAGGACAUGCAGAGUUUUCACAUGGAUAACCAAAGCCACUCUGAUAUCAUGUACAACUUUAUAAUCGGAGAGGAUGGCAACGUGUAUGAAGGGAGAGGUUGGAACACUGUGGGGGGACAUAUGCCUUCAUGGGGCAUUGUCAGUCAGGGGAUAGCCGUCAUGGGGAAUUUCCAACUGGUACCCCCAAACGCAGCCGCCAUUACCGCUCUUCAGAACCUACUGGCGUGUCUAGUCCACAACAAUAAACUGACACCAGACUACAAAAUUUAUGCACACAGAGAUGUGGCCCAUACUAACUGUCCAGGAAACAGCUUUUAUGAAGUCAUCAAAACGUGGUCACAUUACGACUCUGGAAAACCCGUACGACCAACAAAAACCCCACAUCAUUUGUAAAGCAACACUAAUAAAGAAUU